GCAUAUGCAUCAGGAUGUGAUAUUGUGGUAUUGGGGACUGACUUUGAAAGAUUACAGAUAAUCCCUGGAGCAAAACAUGGAAACGUUCAAGUGGGAUGUGUGGACUGUUCAAUGCAACAGGGGAAGAUUGCAGCUUCUUACGGAAAGGUGAUUUGUAUCUUUGAGCCAGUUAGCCUCUUGAAGCAGAACAAAAACCCUACAUUACAUUAUCAGUGGCAGAAGAAUGCUCAAAUCUUACUGGAAGCCAUAGCACAUAAUCUGACAUGGGAUCCCACAGGCACUCGCCUUUUGACUGGUUCCAGUUGUCUUCAGCUUUGGUCUAAUGUUCCUUUGGAAAACCCUUCUGACAAUGACAAUACUGAAAGAACAGAUGUUGGACUUGGAGAAUGGAAGUGUAUCUGGAAGUGCAAAACUGCUUCUCAAGUUUGUUUAAUGAAAUUCUCACCAGACGGGGAGUUUUUUGCUACUGCUGGCAAGGAUGAUUGUCUUGUGAAGGUAUGGUACAAUACAGACAGCUGGCGAUCAGCCAUAACACCACCUGGCACAAGUCCAGAAAAACAAGCAAAAGAAGUUGAUUUUUCAUUUGUUUAUUUGGCUCAUCCUAGAUCAGUAAAUGCAUUUUCAUGGAGGAAGACAAGUAAAUUCAUGCCACGUGGUGCUGUCUGCAAUGUACUCCUGACUUCCUGUAAGGAUAAUGUUUGUCGUCUCUGGGCAGAGACUUUGUUACCCAAUGACAGUCUGUUGUAUGGUGGAGGAUAUGACAAUUGGAGUGAAGCGGUGAACUUCACAAAUAACUUCAAGAGAAAUACUUCAAGUAAGGAAAAAGUGCAAAAUGCUUUAGAGUUAAACCUGAGGCACUUUCGACGAGGAAGGAGGAGGUCUGGUGCUGUUGUAGCACAUACCGGAUAUGCUCCACAUCAGCAAGAUCCCCACGAAGUUCACAGGAACAUCCCUCCUCAUGCAAAUGCACUUUGUCACUUCCAUAUUGCUGCCAGUAUCAAUCCAGCCACAGAUAUUCCUUUACUCCCUUCUAUCACAUCUCUGAGUCUUGGUGAAAAUGAAGAAAAAAGUGGACCUUUUGUUGUGCACUGGCUAAACAAUAAAGAACUUCAUUUUACCUUAUCCAUGGAAGUAUUUUUGCAACAACUUAAAAAAAGUUUUGAACAUCAUUCUCCUGAGAAUACCAUGGAGGAAUCUAAUGAAAUGGAUGGCAGAUCAGAAGAAG